GCGUCUCUUCCCCCAAAUCCAUCGACCACCGAUCGACUCAACCCAGCAGAUCAAAUUCAUCUCCAAUUCCUCUUCCCAAAUCUAGAGAGAGAGAGAGAGAGAGAGAGAGAGCCAAAAGUCCUAGGUUGAGAUCGAUCUCUACUUUCCCAAACCUUUAUCACAAAACCCAUUCUUUCAAUCCAACGUCUCAAAAUCAAAAUCUCACAAAUCCUUCCCAGAUCUCUUUCCUUUGCCCAUAACUUUCAGAUCCACCACCCUAAUACUACGUCCCAGAAACCAAAGAUCUAAAAAUUUUCAUUUUCCCUUUUCACCAACCAAAACCCAAACGAAAUCCCUAAACCCAAAAAUCCCCAAUUCUCCAGAUCGAGUUCUCCUUCCAUUCCAGCCUGAGCCCGUACACCAUACGUCUAGUGGCUGGGUCGUCGUCGUCAAGAAAUGAUACAUCUAGUCGCACAAGCAAAAUCACCUCCACCGUGUUCACGUCCACAAACGACACAACCGAUGGUGAAGAACCCAGUGGUCGAGAAUCCACCGCCACUGGUGGCGUCGGACGAAGAAGUCGCAGACAAGGAGCGAAGCAAAGAAAAAAUCAGAUAUGCUGACUCCCAACCAGAAUCUUGUUCGGCUGUUGAAGAACUAAAAACAGAGUUGGCACCAGCUCUCUGCUUCAUCAAUCGUCGUGGCCAUGACCCGAAAAAGCCCAACGGUAGAGAACCGUCAGUCGUUGGCGAAGUCUGACGAAGAAGACGAAGACAAGGAUAAAUCUAGUUCAUAUCGGUCUUCUCAUUCAGAAAUCCACAGCCUCGGGGCACUCAAACUCGUCCCCUUCUUCUGGCGACACCAUCUCGCCGGCAUGGACAAUGAGUUCCUCCGUUUGGAGAGGACCAGCCACUUCGGGAUGUUCAGCCCGAAAGUUACAGAGCUUGAGGCAGAGGAUGAUGCAGAGCAUAAGGUAAUCGUUGGAAGAAGGCGUUUUACACCCAUUGGAGAAUACCCAUAUGAGGAAGGUAAAAAUCUUGACUUUGAUGCUGAAAUUACCCUACUGAAUGAGAAGAACAAAACUGCCGAUAAUAGAGUUGUUGGUCAAGUUAGAGAUUCUGUUUGGAUGAAGUUCAUUAGAGUGAAUGAAUGGAAGCUUUGAAUGUUGUAUUUGAUCACAUUUUGAAUGAGAAUGUGAUUGAAGUUGAGAAGAUUAAACAGAUUGUCAAUGUGGGUUGGUUGGAGGAAAUGUCCAAGAGACAAGAGUGUCAAGUCUUUUGUUGAUUCUCAACAAGCAGAAGAACAAAGAAGAAGCUGAUGGUUUUAGCAGUAGAAGAAAAAAAAAGUGAAGUUUCAGAAAUGAGAAGAAACAGAAGGAGCUUGUAGCAGCCAAGAGUGUAUGCUGCUGUCAUUCUUGUGUUUGCUCGACAACAAAAAAAAUAAAAGCAGAAGCUGCAAGUUUCAGCAGCAACAACAAAAAAAAAAGAGAUGAAGUUCAUGUUUCAGCAAAGAAGAUCAGAAGCAAGGGAAAGAACAAUAAAGAGAAAAUGCAGCAUCCUAUGAGUUUGCAGCAGAGGGUAGUAGUCAACAGUACACUCCCCUGGUGAUUUCAUAUUGUAUUUCGGAUGGAAUGCUAGCUAGCAAUAUCAGCAACAACAGCAUAUCCGGCCCAUUUUUUGGAUGGAAUGCUAGCUAGCAAAGUCAGCAGCAGCAUAUCCGUACCACUUUGAAGAUCCAUCUGAAGCAGAAAAGUUGAAGAUGUGAAAGUUUAGCCAGCUAGCCAAGAUGCAGUAGCAUUUUUCAAUUGAAGGAGUGCUAGCCAGCCAAGAAAAAGCAGCAGCAUAACCUAUCAAAACUGGAGAAACUGAAGCUCAAAAAGCUGAAGUUGGGGGUUGAGGAGUUGAAGAAGAACGGAAAGUUAGCUAGCCAAAAAUGAAGCGACUUAUCCGAGUUAAUUUGGAGAAACUGAAGCUACAAAGCUGAAGUUGGGUGUUGCGGAGUUGGAGAAGAAGAAGAAGAAGAAAAAGAAGAAGAAGGGAUGGCAAGAGAUUUUCAUAGCUAGCUAGCCACAAAUGCAACAGCUUUUCAGAAGAUUUGUGGGAAGUUAGCUAGCAAGAUGCAGCAGCUUCACCAUUUGAAGUUUGAAGGGAAGUUAGUUAGGCCAAAUAGUGUGACAACAUUCUCAUGUCAAGACUGUAUUCUCUCCAAGCUUGGUCUGUGCUCACCCGCUUGUGGGCGGCGACCGGGGGGGGGGGGGGGGUAACAGGAGAUAUCAAGACUAAAACGACGAUCAUGAAUGUCAAAGUGGAUCGACAAGAUUUAGGGGGGGGGGGGGGGGGGGGGGGGGGUAACAGGAGAUAUCAAGACUAAAACGACGAUCAUGAAUGUCAAAGUGGAUCGACAAGAUUUAGAGGAAAUCAUCAUCAUCAAGUUCAAUUUAAUGUCAAUGUUUAGUUUGAGUUAUGUUUUAUCUUUGUUGUUGUUUUCUCCAAAAGCAAGCUAGCACAUCUUGUAUUGUAGUGCCAAGCUUGAGUAUUUAAACCCAACCAUGAAUGAGAAACACCCAAAGCUUCUAGGGUUUCAUUUUCCCAACUCAUCUUUGUUGUUAGGUCGAGAUCGUGGAUGAAACUUCGCCAGCCGGCCCCGACGUCGUACUGGACAUGAAGGAGCUAGCCCUAGCUCCGAAACCAUCGCUUACAUCAUCAUCGGUCACCACCGUCCCAACCGUACCAUCGAUCGUACCACAAUCCGAAGAGUUGUCGCCGGAGAUUGUCGGGAAGGAGGAAUCGCUCCUUACUCCCACGUUCACCUUUGUUGUCCAUAUUGUCGCGCCACCAAUCCUUGUAACGUCAUCAAUCGAUGCCGAGUCCGUGAGGGCCACGGAAGAAAAAUCCGGACGCUCUUUUGGCCUAUAUCCAAAGCCCAAAGUUAUUCCUAGUGGGGAACGAUGCUCUUUUAAUAUUGGGGAGGGACGAUGCUUUGAUGAAUGGAGGAUUGUCAACGGUAAGCUAUUUGAUGGGUUUAAUCCUUGUUAGAUCAAUUGGAAAUAUAGGAAGAAAGCUACGAUAAUGGAAGGUUUCGACGGGUUGCUUGGGGCGCAUACUAAGAACUAUUCUCGACGAAACGUAUUAAAGUCAUGCCACCAUG